GGGAGGUGCCGAAACAGACCAACCUUCUAAUAAGACAGCAGAAGCACAAACACAAACACAAACACAAACACAAACACGCGCAGAUCUCCUCGCGUGAGGUGAACGUGUGCCGCUGAUCUGUGCAAGUUGGAAAUGAAUGAGAAAUUGCCAUAUUUUGAUUCCACGAUGGGUUCCGUUUGGGUUCGUUCAGUGUCUUACGCAUUUCAUUAUUUAUUAAUUAAUGAAUCAUACAAACAGAGCCUGAAAUGAAAUGAAAGUACUACUGAACUGAACACUGACUCGUGACUCGUGAGAGAGAAUAUCGGGUCCGGUUUUGUUUGGUUUUGCUCUUUCGCUUCUCUGCUUCAUUUUCAUUCCCUCUCUCAAUAGCCAAGAGAAUAGCAUGGAACCCGAAUCUGGAGUUUCAACUUCUCGCAAUCCUUCUCAGUGGGCCUGGGUGAGUCUCUCUAGGAAUCUAUUAUUAGCAUAUCAAAGCUUUGGGGUGGUGUAUGGAGAUCUGAGCACUUCACCUCUAUAUGUCUUUACUAGCACAUUCAAAGGGAAAUUACAAAAUCACCAUGAUGAAGAAACUAUAUAUGGCGCGUUUUCGUUGAUUUUUUGGACUCUUACGUUGAUUCCGUUGCUUAAAUACGUAUUCAUCGUAUUGAGUGCUGAUGAUAAUGGGGAAGGUGGAACAUUUGCUCUUUAUUCGCUGCUCUGCAGGCACGCCAAGUUUAAUUUACUCCCCAAUCAGCAAGCGGCUGAUGAGGAGUUAUCAUCCUAUAAAUAUGGUCCCUCAUCACAGACUGCACCCUCUUCUCCACUGAAGAGGUUUCUAGAGAAACAUAAAAGGUUAAGAACAGCCCUGCUUGUUGUGGUACUGUUUGGUGCUUGCAUGGUCAUUGGUGAUGGUGUGCUUACUCCGGCAAUUUCAGUUCUGGCCUCAGUAUCAGGAUUAAAAGUUACAGAAAAAAAAUUAACAGAUGGUGAACUUGUCCUGCUUGCCUGUGUCAUAUUGGUUGGACUGUUUGCUCUCCAACAUUGUGGCACACACAAAGUAGCAUUUAUGUUUGCACCGAUUGUAAUCAUCUGGCUUCUAUCAAUAUUUUCUGUUGGGCUGUAUAAUACAAUUCAUUGGAAUCCAAAAGUAGUUCGUGCUAUAUCGCCAUACUAUAUCAUCAAGUUCUUUGCCAAGACUGGUAAAGAAGGUUGGAUUUCUCUUGGAGGGAUACUUCUCUGUAUCACUGGAACCGAAGCUAUGUUUGCAGAUCUUGGUCAUUUCACUGCUUCGUCGAUAAGGCUUGCAUUUGCGUUUGUUAUAUACCCUUGUUUGGUGGUGCAGUACAUGGGUCAAGCUGCUUUCUUGUCUAGAAACCUCAACUCUGUUGAUAACAGUUUUUAUGACUCAAUACCUGGACCUGUGUUUUGGCCCGUUUUUGUUAUUGCCACCCUUGCUACAAUUGUUGGGAGUCAAGCUGUUAUAACUGCAACUUUUUCCAUCAUCAAGCAGUGUCAUGCGCUUGGUUGCUUUCCACGAGUCAAAGUUGUACACACUUCAAAGCAUAUAUAUGGACAGAUCUACAUCCCAGAAAUAAAUUGGAUACUUAUGAUCCUGACUCUUGCUAUAACCAUUGGAUUUCAGGACACAACCAUAAUUGGAAAUGCUUAUGGACUUGCUUGUAUGACAGUUAUGUUCGUAACAACAUUUCUGAUGACACUAGUCACAGUAUUUGUCUGGCAGAAAAGUGUCUUGAUUGCUAUAGUAUUUCUUUUAUUCUUUUGGAUGAUAGAGGGUGUAUAUCUAUCAGCAGCAUUCAUCAAAGUGCCUCAGGGAGGAUGGGUUCCUCUUGUCUUAUCAUUCAUCUUCAUGAUGGUUAUGUAUGUGUGGCAUUAUGGUACUCGUAGGAAGUAUAGCUAUGAUCUGCACAACAAAGUUUCAUUGAAAUGGUUACUGGGUUUGGGCCCAAGCCUUGGUAUUGUCCGUGUCCCUGGGAUAGGUCUCAUCUACACUGAACUGGCCACAGGAAUACCUGCAAUAUUUUCCCAUUUUGUAACAAAUCUUCCUGCAUUUCACAAGGUGUUGGUUUUUGUUUGUGUAAAAUCAGUUCCUGUUCCAUAUGUUUCAUCUGAAGAACGUUUCCUUAUUGGGCGAGUUUGCCCCAGACCAUAUCGUAUGUAUAGGUGCAUUGUCAGAUAUGGUUACAAGGACUUUCAAAGGGAUGAUGGAGAUUUUGAGAAUCAUCUUAUACAGAGUAUAGCAGAAUUCAUCCAAAUGGAAGCAGUGGAACCGCAGUUCUCAAGUUCUGAAGCUUCUUCACUUGAUGGGAGGAUGGCUGUUAUAAGUUCUAGAAACUUAGAAUCUGCUUCAAGUUUAAUAGUUUCUGAGCUUGAAGAUAUUGGUGUAGACAUAUCCAUUCCUAGCAGCAGAUCUGUAACCCUGCGAAGUUUGCAAUCGGUUUAUGAUGAUGAAACUCCACAAGUUAGAAGGCGACGAGUAAGAUUUCAGUUACCUAACAAUCCUAGUAUGGAUCCUGCUGUUAGGGAAGAGCUUCUGGACUUAAUUCAAGCUAAGGAUGCCGGUGUUGCCUAUAUAAUGGGGCACUCGUAUGUGAAGGCAAGGAAGUCGUCGUCAUUCUUGAAGAAGCUCGUUGUUGACAUUGGGUACUCAUUUCUGCGGAAGAAUUGCAGGGGUCCAGCAGUAGCUCUUAACAUUCCUCACAUUAGUCUUAUAGAAGUUGGAAUGAUAUACUAUGUGUAGUUCUUUAGUGAAAUUUUCAACUUGAUUCUGGUUGUAUAGGUUGUAUACUCCUCGAUGUAGCGUCUCUUUGGCUACGUUUAUCUUAGCUUUUGCUGCUCUCUCAAUGUGUAAUUACGUUACUUAGUUGCAAUAAUGCAUUAGAAUAUUAUUUUAGGUAUCGGAAUAUUUCCCUUGUUCCGUGUCUGCCUGUCUUGUUUAGACUUGUGUGUGUACGCAAGUGCGUAUUUGGGGUACACGGCCCCCAAAUUUGUUAGAAGAUUAUUAGGUUAUGGUUGGACCAAUGCUAACUACCUAAUUUUUCUGUAAGGCAGAUUGGAUCAAAGGUUUUGUUGUCAUUUCCUCCUAUAUUGUUCUUAUGGCAAUCCUUCCGAUCCAUGUAAUGGAAUAUAUUGAGUACCUGGAAGCAAUUCUUCCUCCAGGGCCGUCUGAGUAAAAUUAUAGAUAAAUACUUACAUAAAAAUAAUUCUCUUGUUAUUAAAGUUAAUUAAUAUAUCUCAAGUUUC